AGUCAGGAGACCUCAGAGAGGCGACAGGGGGCAGGGCUUCCUGUGGAAAAGGGCUGGACGGCGGCGGCAGCCUCUUGCCUGGCUCUGCCGGGCUUUCCUCCCGGCAAGGGCUUUGCCGAGGUCACUCGCGCGAGGCCGCUCUUGGCGCGCCCGUGGGAGGCUCGGUGGCGUGGGAGGACCAGCGACCCGCGGGUUCCGCGAGCUCCCGCGGCGCUGGCAGCGACGGUCCCCCACCACCCCCUCCCUCCCCCAGGCUUCUACCAGAAGGCUCCGCAAGGCUUAAGGACCUCCAAGUCCCCAGGAGAGGAGACAAGGCUCAGGAGUCCUGAUCUAGCUGUGGCCACUGGAAGGCUCUCAGGCCAGGGAGCGUCAUGUCCACCUUUGAAGACGCUGAUACAGAGGAGACGGUCACUUGUCUCCAGAUGACCAUUUACCAUCCUGGCCAGCAAAGUGGGAUAUUUAAAUCAAUAAGGUUUUGCAGCAAAGAGAAGUUUCCUUCCAUUGAAGUGGUGAAAUUUGGACGGAAUUCCAACAUGUGCCAGUAUACGUUUCAGGACAAACAGGUGUCCCGAGUUCAGUUUGUUUUACAGCCGUUUAAACAGUUCAACAGCUCCGUUCUCUCGUUUGAAAUUAAAAACAUGAGCAAGAAGACCAGUUUGAUGGUAGAUAACCAGGAGCUCGGCUACCUCAAUAAAAUGGACCUGCCUUACAAGUGUAUGCUCAGGUUCGGAGAAUAUCAGUUCCUGUUGCAGAAGGAAGACGGAGAGUCGGUGGAAUCUUUUGAGACUCAAUUUAUCAUGUCUUCAAGACCUCUCUUGCAAGAAAACAACUGGCCAACACAGAGUCCCAUACCAGAGGAUGGGGUGUAUUCUUCAUACUUCACCCACAGAAGUUCUCCUUCAGAAAUGGAUGAAAACGAACUGUGAAGAGGGUCCAACCGGAGACACAUUAAAGGAUGAGGACACAUGGGUCGGAUGUCAAGAGACAUCCUACUUCCGAGUUUGUGAGUGUAGCGCAGCAGGGCUGUCCUCAUGCUGACUUUCGUUUUGGUAAUAGCAUUCGGAAGUCUCUAGACUGUGUUAAUCAUCAACUUAGUCAACUGUUUGAGUUUCGGCUCUACAAAGAAUUAAGUGUACAUCUGUAAGGGUUGGUGCAUCAGACACGUCUUCUGGGUAAUGAGGUCACCCUUGUUGCUUUUCUGCAUGAUGCUAUCCCCAGGCUUUGUCUUGGUGGCAGCCAUCUCUUGGCCCGGUCACAUCAUUUCGUAGCAGCCUUUGUUUUUCAAGUUUAGAGCUCGGGCAGAUGGUUCGCUGGUGUCUGUGGCAUGCUAGCGCUUGUAGAACCACAGUCCUGGAAUAAGUUCUAGAGUGCCGAGUCACUGAGUCACCGUGGCUUCGUUAUGGAAAGACUUGAGAAAUAGCUCCUUGAUUUUCUUUCUGUGGAACUGUAGUGUCGCUUUCCUAUAUGUAGGACCUACAACUAACAUUUAAAGAACACUGAGAUAAAGAUGGUUUUCUUACGAUAUUGAAGGUGAAUUUUAUGUAUCUUACAGAUUUAAAAAUGGCAGAAAUCAAAACUUUUAACAGCCUCUUUGCAUAUGAUAAAGCCGGAGCCCAGUUCCUUAGCUGCUUCUUUGGAACUUCUUAAAGGAAAACACGUAUUCUUAAAGGAAAACACGUAUUCUUAAAGGAAAACACGUAUUCUUAGGCUGCCCUAUAGAAGUCAGUACCUGUGAAUAUUUAUAUUAAAUGCUUAAUUAUUUCUAAACUUUUAGUUUCACAUAAAGUUGUAUUUAUUUAAAAGAUUCUCAUUCAUUUCAUUUUGGCUAGAUUAAGAUGAAAUGUUAGUGAACAUUAUGUAAAAGAGGAUGACAGCCAUUAAGUUAAGAUAAAUUCUAACAUUACUAGGAAGUAAGGCACCCUGUAUAGCUUCCUCCGUAAAUGAAAUUUCAUGCUGUAACAGGUACAGGAUUUUGGGUGGGGGAGGAGGUCAGGUGGGGGAAGUUAGCCACAUUCAUAUUUUAUUUUUGUUUUUGUUUUUGUUUUUUUCCAACAAUAGCUUGCUUUGAAGCUCAGGCUGGCUUGGAACUCGUGAUCCUCAUACACCGGCCCCCUGAAUGCUGUGCCUAGCUUAAUGUAACUGUAUUUCUGCAACAGCCCUUUGAAAUUAUUUCUAAUAAACUCUUUGGCCUAGUA